CAGGUGCAUAAAUCGUCCCGAGUAAUGAAAAAACACGAAGCCAAACCAAUACUAGUUGAAUCUUAUAGAAGAAAAGUUCAGGAAGGAUGUGCAGAUCAUGAUCAAAGACCAAUUGAAUUUUUUUGUCAAGAUGAUAAUGAACUUGCCUGUAGUUACUGUGUUGUUUUAAAUGAUUCUAAACAUAAGGGUCAUUCAUUAAUUUUAUUAUCUGAAAAGAAUAAAUCUUGCAUGGAUGAUCUCAAAUUAGGAAUUGAAGAAGGAAAGAAAGUUCAGAGUAAAUUACAUAAAACAGAAAAGGUAAAUAAUAAUUUUCUUUCUUAAAAUAAUUUUGUAAAAUUUAUUUUACACGUCAAAAAUGAAUAAAGGUGCACAUAUGCAGUGCAUCAAGAAAAAACAUCAAAUUUUUGGCAAUCAUUAACAUCUGUCAUGAUACCACUUGGGAAUCCAGUGAAAGUAGACACCAAUCCAACUUUUCAGCAUUUGCAAUAUUGCCACACAUUUCUAACAGUAGUAUCUUUUGAUUCAAACUAGUAAUAUAGAGUCAUUGCAUAUAAUUUAAUGUUUUGAAUUAAUACACAUGAUCUUUUAAUGUGGUGAAAGAUUUGAAAGUACAACAUGACAUGAAAAUGUAGAAAGAGUUAAUAAACAUUAUUAAUUGCUUAAUUUUUUUUUAUUGAAAGGAGAAAUUAAUUUAAAAAUUUGGCAUUUAAACAAGCAUGGAAAAAAUCUUCAUUUAUCUUGG